AUAGCCAUAACGAGUGUGUUACUCAAAGCGUACGGUAGCAGUUAGAAGCGCGCAAAGCAAUUAACGGCAAAAUAAAAAAAGUUGAGAAAUCGCUAAGUCCAAAAAGAAAAAAAUCUCAGCGCCACUUAGAAAAAAAUUUCGAGUGUGUGUCAGUGCCAACUACCAAUCGAACGCGCCACGUCUGAACGGAUUACGGGCGAACAAGCAAACACGCGUUACAGCAAUUGAAAAAAAUUUUGAAAAACAAACAGCAAAUAUAAAGUGAAUUCAAAAUUUGAAUUGAAGAAAAAACUGAAAGUGAACAUUUGUGAAAAUUGUAUAUAAAUAAAAGAAAGUGCGUGGAUCCAGAACACAUCCACAUAGAAAAACGCUAAAGACCCCUCAAAAAAAAAAAACAAAUAAAUAAAAAAAUUUCUGUAAAUCAGAAAUUUCACUAAAAAAGCACUUCUUUCGUCUAAACCUCGCACACGGCCGCCAACGACGACCGUCGCACAACAAACCGCCAAAAUUCUACUAAAAGAACGUAAAGCAGUCAUUUCAAAAAUGAAAUCCCUCACCGCCGUCUGUCAAACAGGUGCCUCCAUGCCGCCCAUGAAUCCAAACGGACGCAUCGCUCGCCAUGCGCCACAACGCGGCGACGGCGAAAAUGCCGAAAUGAAAAUGUACCUCUCCAAACUCAAGGAUCUCGUGCCGUUCAUGCCGAAAAAUCGCAAACUCUCUAAGCUGGAGAUCAUCCAGCACGUCAUCGACUACAUUUGCGAUCUGCAAACCGAGCUGGAGGCACAUCCCGAGAUUGCCAAUUUCGAUGCGGCCAGCGCGCUAAAUAUGUCCGACGAUUCGGCACACAACACGAGCAUGAAUAGCGAAGAGAAUGAGCAGCGUUUGGCUGAACGCCUAUCAGGCGCCGACAGCAGCUAUAGCAGUGCCUCAUUGCAACAGCAACAACAAAUCAGCGCGCUAAACUCCGCCACAUCUAGUCCUGCCUUGAGACAGCCGUUGGCUGAUCGUCAAGCACCGAACACCAUCCUGCCCGGCACCAAUAUGACAGCUGCUGCUGCCCACACCACAAUGGCAUUGCACAUGCAACAACAACUGCAGCUGCAACAGCAACAGUGGGAGGCACAGAUGCUGCAGCAACAACAGCAGCAGCAACAACAAGCGCAGCAAACACAGCAGCAGCAAGCGCAACAGCAACAACAACACCAACAAUUGCCCAGCGGCGAAACGGUGAGUUGUUGAUUUGGCGUGUCGCAGCAGCAGAAGAAUGCUAGUUCUAAGUGUAGUCUAUAGGUUGUAUAGCACACACACACACAUUCACAUGCAUGUGUGUGUUUCCCGUUUUCGUUAGUUUGGCGGAAAUAUUGUUUUAAAAAAUAUGUGAAAAUCUGUAAUUUAUUUAGUUAAGCAGCUGUAUCCUAUAAUUUAAGCAGAAACCUUAAUGUAACGCAUGUAAAAAUGAAUAUAAACACACACAUAUAUACUGAUAUAUGUAUAUGAAUAUGUGUGGAAAAAAAUGAAAAAACUAAUAAUCGUAUGAAUUGUAUAAAAUUUUUGUUGUUAAAGACUGUUAUAGACAUUUAAGUUGGUCGAAUAAAAUGAAGAAAACAUUGACUAUUAAUUUGAAAAAACAAAAA